AUGCAGGACCCGAGCACGCCAACUCGCGGCGGCGGCCAAAAGCGACCUCUCGAAGCAGACGAUGACGACAAUCUGGACGCAAGCAUGUCCACCAGUGGGCCCCAGACUCUCGACGGCCACGACAUGACUACGCCCAGGCCUCCUGCUUUUACCCUCCUCCGUGACAGCUAUACCCAGUUGUCGCGAGACAACAGCUAG